AAGGGGUAUAAAAGGUAAGGUCUGGAAAUGGGAACAUCUUGACAUUAUUUUGGAGUUCAAAAGAUUCUAACACCUUCGCUCAGGACUCAGCUGAUCAUGAGUGAUUUUGAUGCAGUUCUGCCCUCUUGGGCCACCUUUGAGAAGGACGCCACUGGAAAUGGAGGAGAGGUUCUCACCCGUCUGUUCAAGGCCCACCCUGGCACCCAGAAUCUGUUCCCCAAGUUUGUGGGGAUCGCAGAGGCCGAUUUGGCGGGAAACGCAGCGGUAGCGAACCAUGGCGCCACGGUGCUGAGGAAGCUGGGGGACCUGCUGAGGGCCAAGGGGGACCACUCAGGCAUCCUCAAGCCCCUGGCCAACAGCCACGCCAAGACUCACAAGAUCCCCAUCGAGAACUUCAAUUUGAUCAGUGAAAUCAUCAUCAAGUUGAUGGCCGAGAAGGCGGGGCUGGAUGCGGCAGGUCAGGCGGCUAUGAGGAAGAUCAUGGGAACAGUUAUCGGCGACAUGGCUGGCUUCUACAAGGAGUUCGGCAACUAGGGAUAAACAGCAGCUUUCUCAGUUAAAACCAGCAAGUCUGUGAUAACCAACAGUGGAGCGAAAACAACCAGAUGACAAGAGGCGAUCUCACCUUCACCGGAGAUAUGGGAUGGAGAGCAUGCUGGGAAUUAUGUCCAUGGCUUAUGUGAUUGAUUCUGUUGCAAGGCUAAGUAAAACUAAGUGCCGGGCUUGAAUGUAUUUAAUGCUUUUAACUGUGACUUAUUCUGAUACAUGAAACAUAGGACAAAGAGGGAGGAAGAAAAAAAGGCAAAAGAAGAAGGUAAAGAGACAAACAUUUCUUUCCUUCUCUACUUCUGAGGGGAACUUCAACAUCUGUGCAAAUGCAUACGCAUCCCUUCUUUGUAGUGUGCUUAUUGAUUAUAAACAGCUUUUAUGGGUUAUUGCUAUGACUGUUAUAGUAUCAUGUUGUUACUGUGUUGUAUUGUUUGUAUCAGUGUUUAAAAGUCGCCUCUAAAUAAAAACAUUUAAUCAGCUGCAAAA